AUGUCGGGCCGUUUCUCAUCAGAGCACUCUCGCUCUGCUUCACGAUCAUCGCAGACACGACUAUCCCAGAGUGAUUCCAUGCAUCGCCAGUCCGGUCGCAACUCCCGCGUUUCAAACCCCAACGUGUUCGCCGAUGAGUACUCGUUAGAGCCCAUAGACGCCGACCGCAUCGAACGCCCUCACAGUCCCUCUUCCAUCGCCUCCUCCGCCACACUACGUGAACACAUCCCGAAAACCGUUAGUACCGCAACAACUGAGAACGAAAAUCCAUUUGGGGAUGACGCCCGGGUCUCAUUCGAUGAGCCUCAUCGAUCAAGUCUGCCCCAAAAGGGGCUAGGGUUCUCCAAUAAUCGAAACUCGACCACCUCUCUCAACUCCACCCCUUCAAUGAUUCAGCGAAAUCAAAGCGUCUCUUCCCGUUUCUCGAUUCCCCGUGCCCUCAGCCCUUACACCGGAGCCACCGGACCCAGCCAUCCUUAUGGUAUGUAUCCACAAGUGGGCGUCAGCCGGUCGCCUAGUGUAGGAAGCACAUCGACAAUACGUCCAGUCGAGCGUCCGAUCGAAGAUUCCACUGGUCCUCAACACCCCUACGCGAUGUACUCGCAGAACGUGGUGGAGGAAGGAAUGGAUGAUGAUAUCAUCCCGGUCGGGUUCCCUGGUCACAACCCACCGUAUCAACCGCCCGCUGGCCGCCAGGAUGAUGAUGUGGGUGAUAUCAUUGGACCAGAUGGUCACACAGAGCCACUGCCCCCUUAUUCACGAUACCCAACCGGCGUCAUCCCUAAGCCCCCAGGGGCCGAGGCCGAGACAAUGGCCGAUCUCAACACACCCCCAGAAGAACAUCGUCUCAAUAAUGAAAGCCCAAGAGCCCUUCCUGUAUCAGAAACGUCAUCAAGGGCGUUGGUACCUGAACAAUCUGCUGGUGGAAAUGAAGAUCACAACGGGGAGGAAAGGGCCGCUGCGACCACGGGCAUUAUGGCCUUCGAAGAAAAGCUCAAACGCAAGGGGAAGCAAACCGCCUGUUGCGGUCUCCCCGUGUGGACACUGGUCCUCAUCGCUACAGUGAUGCUCAUUGGAGGGUGUAUUGGAGGUGUCAUCGGUGGUGUCCUGGGAACCAAGCGAGCGGCCGAAGCUGCCAAGGAAGACCAAGAAGCUCAAAAGUCACACGGUCCGCCAAUUGUGACGGUGACUGCCUCUGCUCAAAUGGAUGCCUCUAUGAUCUCUACGCCCACUAAUAUCAAAUCCAUCCCCACUGGCAGCUAUAUGCUUCCUGCCAAUUACCAGAACGGCUCGGGGCUUUGCGUGGACGAGUCGGAUUAUGGAAAGCCUUGGAAAUGUCAGCAAACACCAAGUGAAUUUGAGAUUUUUGUCGGCGAGUCACGAGGCCAGCACUCAAUCGUCUUCGAUUACGGUGGUCCAACACCGACUUUCACAUAUGGUGCUCAAGCGCCUUACUGGUCCUCCUCGCCUACACAGGCACUCAGCAUGGCCGUUGAUACCACCGAUCUUGGCAUGGGCCCUGCUUUGUUCUUCAUCUCCCCCUUCGACAAAUUGGUCAUCGUUCCAGAGAACGAUAUCACUGGUAGUACUAUCACGAAGCGCGGGUGGGUUGAAGAUGGAUGGGCACAAGCAGAGGCUUAUAAGAACUUCAAGCAAACUGCCUCAGUCGGCGACAAGCCAUGGUUCUGCUGGUGGAACAACACGAUGAUGGAAUUCUUCAUGUACGUCAAUCAGUCGACCUCGGCGUCAUCCAGUACCACCGCAUCUGUCGACAGCAACAUGGCGGCAAGCACAGCCGGCGUUCAAGCCAACUCCAAACGCGACUCCAUCGCCGACUACCCUCGCCGGAUCAAGAUAGAAGAGCGCCGUGACGAUCCCAGGCGUGAAUCGCCUUAUUGUCAACAAAUGAUGAUCCGUAAAGACGGCGGCUUAGCGCUUCUUUCUGGCAACCUCAUCAACAUCAAGGAGAAUGAGCCCACACCCACAACCACUUACACCAAUUACAACGGCGGUACCGCUCAGACAUACACUGCACAGGCAUCCUACGCCAGCGCAUGCUUCUGCCAGUCUCUGACAGACUAG